AACCCAGUCAUCGCGUGUGCUUUUCCUUUUUCGUCUCGCGUAUCGGAGCUUUCGCUUUCGCUUUCCAUUGCCUCCGGCCAAACCGCCCUUUACCACAUAAUACUACAAACUUCAGAGCCUUCGUCGUCAUGUCGCUUUUCGGGAAUGUCGGCGCUUCGUCGUCAGCGGGUGCCUCCAACACCACCGGUGACAUCUCCAAGGAUGUCGCCCUGAACCAACCUCCGGAAGACAGCAUCUCGGACAUUCGAUUCUCCCCCGCCGCUGAACACCUUGCUGUCGCCUCGUGGGACAAGAAGGUGCGCAUUUACGAGAUCAAUGAACAGGGACAGAGUGAAGGCAAAGCUUUCUUCGAGCACGAGGCCCCUGUAUUGAACUGCUGUUGGUCACCGGAUGGAACGAAAGUCGUCGGCGCCGGCGCGGACAAGGCGGCGCGCAUGCUGGACCUGGCGUCGAAUGCGACGACUCAAGUGGCGGCGCACGAUGCGCCGAUCCGCAGCUGCCACAUGAUCCCCAACCCGCAGGGGAACAGCCCGCUACUGAUCACGGGGUCGUGGGACAAGACGAUAAAGUACUGGGACAUCCGGCAGCAGACCCCGAUCGCGACGGUGGAGUGCCAGGACCGCGUCUACACGAUGGACGUCAAGAACAAGCUGCUGGUGGUCGGCACGGCGGACCGGUACAUCAACAUCAUCAACCUCGACCAGCCGACCAAGUUCUUCAAGACGAUGCAGUCCCCCCUCAAGUGGCAGACGCGGGUAGUCAGCUGCUUCGCCGACUCGACGGGCUUCGCCGUGGGCAGUGUCGAGGGCCGCUGCGCCAUCCAGUACGUCGACGAGAAGGACUCGAGCUCCAACUUCAGCUUCAAGUGCCACCGCGAGACCCCGCCCAACCAGCGCGACAUCAGCAACAUCUACUCGGUCAACGCCAUCUCCUUCCACCCCGUCCACGGCACCUUCAGCACCGCCGGCAGCGACGGCACCUUCCACUUCUGGGACAAGGAUGCCAAACACCGCCUCAAGGGCUACCCCUCGGUCGGCGGCACCAUUUCGACGACCGCCUUCAACCGCCAGGGCACCAUCUUCGCCUACGCCGUCAGCUACGACUGGAGCAAGGGCUACUCCGCCAACACCCCACAACUCCCCAACAAGGUCAUGUUGCACCCCGUGGCCCAGGAGGAAGUCAAGCCCCGACCCGGUACUCGCAAGCGGUGAUCACCUGAUCUGUGAUAGGGGGGUAAAGUUGGACGCCGGGAGAAAGAACGAAGGCGCGUGGAAGGGAGGGCUCGGUGUGCAACCAUGUGUUUUGGACGCAUAUGUACGGCAUCCCGUGUGUCUGGGUCUAGAGAUCUCGGAAAGAACAACAAGGUCGACAUUGAGCAAUCGAACGCACGGAUUAUCUCGGUCAGGUCUUACUCACCUAACUCUCCCCUUCUCCCCACCCUUUCUCCACAUCUUUUGUAUGUCUUUUUAU